UUCAGUUUGAGCAACAAUGGGAGCAAUAAUGAACGUUGACUAUCAAAAUUGUUUCAUCUUAAUCUUCAUCUGCCUCCUUUCAUUACUCUGUUGUUACUCUCUCUUCUUCAAGAAACCAAAGGUUGGCUUCAGAUUGCCUCCGUGCCCUCCAUCUCUACCGAUCAUUGGCCAUCUUCACCUUUUCCUCUCUCUUCUAAUCCACAAAUCUUUACAGAAACUCUCCUCCAAGUAUGGACCUAUGCUUUAUCUCCGUGUCUUCAAUGUUCCCAUAGUGCUCGUUUCUUCUUCCUCAAUAGCUUAUGAGAUCUUUAGGUCGCAAGACGUAAACGUUUCCUCUCGCAACUUCCCUACGAACGAGGGGUUUCUCAUCUUCAGUUCUCUCGGCAUCUUCACAGCACCUUACGGAGAUCAAUGGAAGUUCAUGAAGAAGCUUGUCGUCACCAAGCUCCUUGGACCUCAAGCACUCGAGAGAUCACAAGGCGUCCGUGCAAAAGAGUUAGAGGGCUUUUACUUAAACCUAUUAGAUAAGGCGAUGCAGAAGGAGAGUGUUGACAUUGUCGAGGAAGUUAUGAAGCUAGUCAACAACAGCAUCUGCAAGAUAAUUAUGGGGAAAAUUUUCUCAGAGGAGGACGGUGAAGCAGAGUGUAUCAGAGGCUUGGUGACCAAGUCAGAUGCCUUGACGAAGAAGCUUUUCUUGGCGGCCAUCUUGCGCAAACCGCUUAAGAAGCUAGGGAUUUCACUGUUCGAAAAGGAGUUAAUGGAUGUUUCUCACAAGUUUGAUGAGGUGUUGGAAAAGAUUCUUGUGGAAUACGAAGAGACAGUACUGGAGGAGGAUCAUCAAGGUUCUGACAUGAUGGAUGUCUUGUUGGAAGCUUGUGGAGACGAAAACGCAGAGUAUAAGAUCACUAGAAACCAUAUCAAGUCCUUGUUUGUGGAUCUUUUCAUUGCAGCCACUGAUUCUUCGACGUACACUAUACAGUGGAUCAUGGGCGAGAUCAUGAACAACUCUUACAUUCUUGAGAAAUUGAGAGAAGAGAUUGAUUCUGUCGUAGGGAAGACAAGGUUGAUUCAAGAAACGGAUCUACCAAACCUCCCUUACUUGCAAGCAACCGUUAAAGAAGGGAUAAGAUUGCACCCUCCGGCCCCUCUUUUGGUAAGGACGUUUCAAGAAGGGUGUGAGAUCGGUGGGUUUUAUAUACCGGAGAAAACAAAACUUAUUGUUAAUGGUUAUGCCAUAAUGAGAGAUCCAGCUAACUGGGAAGAUCCGCUGGUGUUUAAACCAGAGAGGUUUCUUGAUUCUUCAAGAUCAAACCAAAAAGAAGAGCUCCUAAAAUUCAUUUCUUUCGGGAGCGGGAGGAGAGGCUGUCCUGGAGUAAAUCUAGCUUAUGUAUCUGUAGGAACCGCGAUUGGAGUGAUGGUGCAAUGCUUUGAUUGGAAGAUCAAAGGAGAUAAGGUCAACAUGGAUGAAGCUGCUGGUAAAAUAACGUUGACCAUGGCUCAUCCUCUUAAGUGCACGCUUGUUCCUCGAAACCAUGUUCCUUUUAACUUCAACUGUGCAGAUUCCUAGUUCUUGACUUUUUGUUUUUUUUUCUUAAUCUCACAUCUUCUCCGGUUUAUGAUUACCGUUGCCGUUGGUCUUGUUUCACUUUGGCCUUUGUAUCAAACUUUAACAGUUCGUACACUUCAUGCUGUGUAAACAAGAGUAUCUUUACUUUUGGUCAUAUAAAUUAUCGCAUCUACAACUAACAAACCUACAAUCUAAGUCAUGACUAUAAUUUAAACAUUUAGUUUAGCAGUUUGAUAUACCAGUUAAGAUCUAUUAAUUUAACUUGACUCCAAAUUUACCCGUAUCAUCGACAAAUCUACGAUAAAUCGAGGGACCAAUAAAGUAUGAAAGAGGACUUCCUUACUAGUUUCAUACCCUUAGCAUGUAAAGUCUAGUUCGAUUUCAAAUCUCUAAACUCUCUAA